AUAGUACAUGGACAUUUCGCAGAAUACACUCCCUUUAAUCACACCUUUAUUUCUCUCUCUGCCUAUCACUUUAUAGAUCCAAAAAUUAAUAUUUAUUCCCUUUUAGAAGGUAAAUAACCACACGAAACUUUCGCAUUAUACAUCCAUGUGACCAUGUCUAAGGUUCUCGAGCCCCUAGAAGAAGCAAAAGUAGAAGAACAGAAACCCAUAAACCAAGAGGAAGAAGAGGAAGAAUCGAAGAAGAAAGAAGUGUUGUUAGGAUCUCUGUCUACACCAACUUCAAGUGAUCACAAGAUUCCCGAGUUGGAGACUUGUCCUCCGGCUCCAAGAAAGCGACCCCGUGAGAUUUCUCUUACAAAGAAGAAAAGAUUGUCCAAAGAUCUUCGGUUCUUCGAAGCCACCGACGUCGGUAGCCACGAGGUAGAGACUUUCUUUGUUCAUAACCCUAACCAUGUCCGCAAGAAACGGAGAAGUAAUAGCGCUUGAAUCUUUGCUGUUGUAUCUCUUGUACGUGUUUCUUCUUCGCUUUAACAUCGUUUUCGAUCACUUUUUAUUACCUAUAUAACUUUCACUCUGUUUGUGUACAGAACUUAUAUAUCCCUAUAUAUAUCGACUUUGUUUAUUAUGUC